GGGCAGCAGGCACCAUGUUGGGCCAUGAAGGUGGCAAGAAGAAGUCCUUGAAGCAGCCCAAGAAGCAAGCCAAGGAGAUGGGGAAGGAAGAUAAAGCACUCAAGCAGAAAAAGGAGGAGGAGCAGAAGAAACUCGAGGAGCUAAAAGGGAAGGGUGCGGGUAAAGGCCCCCUGGCCACAGGUGGAAUUAAGAAAUCUGGCAAAAAGUAA